GUCUAUAGAACACAAAACCAAACAAGUCAGAGGGGAAAAUAAAAAGUUUUCAUAAAUUUGUAGUUCCAUCAGAAAAAAAAUCAUAUAUACACUCUUGUUAAAAUUUGUCUCAUAUUGUGAUGUGGGCAUUGUUCAUUUGGGUUUCUCUUCUUCUCAUAAGUAUCACUCAUUGGGUUUAUACUUGGAGGAACCCUAAAUGCAGAGGGAAGCUUCCACCUGGUUCCAUGGGUUUCCCAUUACUAGGGGAGACUAUCCAGUUCUUCAAGCCAAACCAAACUUCAGACAUCCCUCCUUUUGUCAAAGAAAGGGUUCUAAAAACUCUUGUUAAUACUUGCAGGUAUGGCUCUAUUUUCAAGACCAAUCUCGUGGGCAGACCAGUUAUCGUAUCAACAGAUGCUGAUCUGAGUUAUUUUGUGUUUCAACAAGAGGGUCGUUGUUUCCAGAGUUGGUAUCCAGACACUUUUACAAACAUCUUUGGGAGAAACAAUGUGGGUUCACUACAUGGUUUCAUGUACAAGUACCUUAAAAGCAUGGUCUUGACUCUCUUUGGCCAUGAUGGUCUCAAGAAGAUGCUUCCUCAAGUCGAAAUCACUGCAAGUAAGAGAUUAGAGCUUUGGUCAAAUCAAGAUUCAGUAGAGCUCAAAGAUGCAACCGCAGGCAUGAUCUUUGAUCUCACCGCAAAGAAGUUGAUCAGCCAUGAACCAGACAAGUCAUCAGAGAAUCUCAGGGCAAACUUUGUUGCUUUCAUUCAGGGAUUGAUCUCCUUCCCUUUUGACAUCCCAGGCACAGCUUAUCACAAAUGUCUACAGGGUAGGGAAAAGGCAAUGAAAAUGUUGAAGAGUAUGCUUCACGAGAGGCGUAAGAACCCACGGAAGACCCCAAGUGAUUUCUUUGAUUAUGUUAUUGAAGAGAUUCAGAAAGAAGGGACAAUCCUGACAGAGGAUAUUGCACUAGAUUUGAUGUUUGUCUUGCUAUUUGCCAGCUUCGAAACAACAUCUCUCGCUUUAACUUUAGCUAUCAAGUUUCUUACGGAUGAUUCUGCAGUCCUAAAGCGUUUAACGGAAGAACAUGAGACAAUUCUGAGAAACCGAGAAGAUGCAGACUCUGGACUUACAUGGGAAGAAUACAAGUCAAUGACUUACACAUUUCAGUUCAUAAACGAAACAGCGAGACUAGCAAAUAUAGUUCCUGCAAUCUUCAGAAAGGCGUUGAGAGAUAUAAAAUUUAAAGAUUAUACCAUUCCAGCCGGCUGGGCGGUGAUGGUCUGUCCACCAGCUGUACAUUUGAAUCCAGAAAAGUAUAAAGAUCCUUUAGUCUUCAAUCCAUCAAGAUGGGAGGGAUCAAAAGUUACCAAUGCAUCAAAACACUUCAUGGCCUUUGGUGGCGGUAUGAGGUUCUGUGUUGGAACAGACUUCACUAAAUUGCAGAUGGCUGCGUUUCUUCACACCUUGGUAACAAAAUACAGGUGGGAGGAGAUCAAAGGAGGUGACAUACUUCGAACCCCCGGAUUACAGUUUCCAAACGGUUACCAUAUCAGACUCCAUAAAAAAGAGACUAGAGAAUGUUUAGGAUAAUAUAUAUGUUAUACAUUUUCUAAGACUACAAUCAUCUUUGAAAAAAAAAAAAUCAAAGUUUAAGAUGUGUCUUAGGUUUUUAAGGCUGAGAAUCAGCUACAAAAGGUGAAUACAACAAUUUUGUUUUGCAGCUUCUGUGUCUGGUCAGAAACUGUAAUAAUGUAUAGUUAUUUGAUCACAAAGGGGGCAUGUAAAAGAAAUCAAGUGAAUGGUACUACUUAACUCCUGAGAUGCAUCAGGAGAUUAAUUUCUCGUCAAGUUCUGAUCAA